UUGUUUUUUUCUGUCUCUGUGCCCAAGGAGAGGCACGGUGAAGUUUAGUUUGAAACCCUUGUUCUUGUGACUGCUGAACCUCGAAGGAUGCUUAUUGUAUUUGUGGCUAGCUAGUGUUAGUGGAGAUUUUGUUUAUUUUAGUUUUGUUGUGGAUUUGAAAGAAGACGUGUUGGAGGGUGGACCCGCGGGUUGAACACGCUACCUGCUUGUCGUCAAGGUUUCCGGGUUUGGAUGAGAGCUCCUCAGUGAGACAGUGAGAGGCACCUCCAUACCCUUCCACCGCCAUCAUGCCACCGCCCUCCGACAUCGUCAAGGUGGCCAUUGAGUGGCCAGGGGCCUUCCCUAAACUCAUGGAGAUAGACCAGAAAAAGCCCCUCUCAGCCAUUAUCAAAGAAGUGUGCGAAGGAUGGUCUUUGGGGAACCACGAAAACUUUGCUCUGCAAAAUGCUGAUUCCACUAAUUUCUACAUCACAGAAAAGAAUCGCAAUGACAUAAAGAAUGGUUCUAUACUGCGACUGACGACAUCUCCUUCUCAGAUGGCGGGCCAGCUCCACGAGAGGAUCCAGUCAUCUAGUAUGGAUGCCAAGCUAGAGGCCCUGAAGGACCUGGCCAACUCUUCCAGAGACGUCACCUUCGCCCAGGAGUUCAUCAACCUGGACGGCAUCUCACUGCUCACACAGAUGGUGGAGAGCGGCACAGAACGCUAUCAGAAACUACAGAAGAUAAUGAAGCCAUGUUUUGGCGACUUAUUGUCGUUCACGCUGACAGCGUUCGUGGAGCUCAUGGACCACGGCAUCGUCUCCUGGGAUACCUUCUCUGUUGCCUUCAUCAAGAAGAUUGCAGGUUACGUGAACAAGUCAGCCAUGGACAUGGCUGUGCUGCAGCGGUCUCUGGCCAUCCUGGAGUCCAUGGUGCUCAACAGUCAGGACCUCUACCAGAAGGUGGCGCAAGAGAUCACAAUCGGACAGCUUAUWCCCCAUCUGCAGGGGACUGAUCAGGACAUUCAGACMUACACCAUCGCUGUGAUUAACGCCUUGUUCCUCAAGGCCCCAGAAGACAAGAGACAGGAGAUGGCCCACAUUCUAGCCCAGAAGCAGCUGCGUUCCAUCAUACUAAGUAACGUGAUCCGGAGCCCUAAGCCAAUCAAUGAUGAGAUGGCCCACCAGCUGUACGUGCUGCAGGUUCUGACCUUCAACCUCUUAGAGGACCGCAUGAUGACCAAGAUGGACCCUCAGGACCAGGCCCAAAGAGACAUCAUCUUUGAGCUGCGCAGGAUUGCGUUCGACGUGGAAUGUGAGCCGAACAACAGUGGCAGCAUCGAGAAGAGGAAGUCCAUGUACACCCGUGACUACAAGAAACUAGGUUUCAUUAACCAUGUGAACCCUGCUAUGGACUUCACUCAGAUUCCUCCUGGGAUGCUGGCUCUGGAUAACAUGCUGUACUUCGCCAGACACUCACCAGUUUAUGUUGAAAUUGUUCUGGAGAACAGCAGUCGUGAGGACAAGCACGAGUGUCCGUUCGGCCGCAGCAGCAUCGAGCUGACCAAGAUGCUGUGUGAAAUCCUCAAAGUGGGAGAGCUCCCCAGUGAGAACUGUCAUGAUUUCCACCCCAUGUUCUUCACCCACGACCGCUCCUUCGAAGAGUUCUUCUGCAUCUGCAUCCAGCUGCUCAACAAGACCUGGAAGGAGAUGAGGGCCACCAGCGAAGACUUCAACAAGGUGAUGCAGGUGGUAAGAGAGCAGAUCAUGCGAGCGCUGACACAGAAGCCUAAUUCCCUGGACCAGUUGAAGAGUCGCCUGCAGAACCUGAGUUAUACUGAGAUCCUGAAGAUACGCCAGUCUGAGAGGAUGAACCAAGAAGACUUCCAGUCACGCCCCAUCCUGGAGCUGCGGGAGAAGAUCCAGCCAGAGAUCAUGGAGCUUAUCAAACAACAGAGGCUCAACCGUCUAUGUGACGGAACCUGUUUCAGGAAGAUCAGCAGCCGCCGGAGGCAAGAUAAGUUCUGGUACUGUCGACUGUCUCCGAACCAUAAAGUCCUGCACUACGGAGAUCUGGAGGAGAGCACUCGGGRAGAGGUGUCCCAUGACUCUCUACAGGAGAAAUUACCCGUGGCCGAUAUCAAAGCGGUGGUCACUGGUAAGGACUGUCCUCACAUGAAGGAGAAGGGAGCUCUGAAGCAGAACAAGGAGGUUCUGGAGCUGGCCUUCUCCGUCCUCUAUGAGUCAGACGAGUAUUUAAACUUCAUCGCUCCGGACAAGCAUGAGUACUGUGUGUGGACGGACGGUCUGAACGCCCUCCUGGGGAAGGAGAUGACCAGUGACUUCACGAAGUCAGACAUGGACACCCUACUCUCCAUGGAGAUGAAGCUCCGCCUCCUCGACCUGGAGAACAUCCAGAUCCCAGAGGCCCCUCCCCCCAUUCCCAAAGAACCUAGCAACUAUGACUUUGUUUAUGACUGCAACUAACUAACCAACCAUUCAAAAUAACUUAGCUACUGGACUGGACCAACCAACACUCUUUUUUCUAAAACGGCAACUGGAAAAAAUGAAAAAUAAAAAAUUACGAUGAAAUGAUGAGCGACAGAAAAAGGAUUCUAUUGAACAAUUUUCCUUCCUUCUUGCUAAACUUCCUUUUUUAAUUAAAGGGUGCGUUUUAAUAGGUUUGCAGCACUUAAUGACUUUUUGCGGCCCACUGACUGAACCAUCCCAUCACCAUGGAGAUCAAACCAGGAAGCAUCCAUAUGGGUCCUUUGGGUCCUCAACCAGACAUGCUCUUCUAACGGGCUCAAUGGUCUCUAAACGUUGUUGUUUGGUCGUCACUCUCCAAGAUGUCGUCACAGUGUUCUUCUCACCGUAAAACCUGCUCACUCUUCACUCCUUCACUGAAGCAUAUGUCAUUUGCUUGGGGUUUGUUGUAGAAAAGCUCUUUGAUAAACGCUUGGUUGUUUUGUUUUGUUGACUUUCGUCAGGCCAUUGGAUGUGAGGAGAUGAGCUCAUUUCAUAAAGAGACUGUAAAGAGGUGUUGAGGGAUGUUAAGUUUUUAUCUCUCCAACAAUCUGAGUGUGUCCAAAAUGGCACCCUAUUCUCUAUAUAGUGCAUUCCUUUUGACCAGGAUUAAAAGUACUGCACUAUAUAGGGAAUAAAGUAGUGUACUAUGUAGGGAAUAGGGUGCUAUUUCAGACACAGAAUCUGUUUUACAUUUAUGUGGCAGGUAAUGUUUCUGAGAGGAAGAAAGGAUCAAGUGUAUUUAAGAUGAUGAAGUGUAUAUUUAGAGUUUUUCUCCCAGGUAUCUUACUCCAUACUUCACAUACUGUCUCUAGACUGUUACAAUAAGUGUGUUGUUCUAAAACCUGGCACUGUAAUACAGGAAACUGCCUCUGAAGUUCCUGAAGCCUUCUAUCCCCAUAUCACGGCUGCUUUGAGCAUACUGUGUACUCACACACUUGCUUAGCCCAAACAAACACACAACUUUAAUAGCUACAUGCUUGCUGAGACGUACACUUGUCUCUUUCCUCCAUCUUGAUACUGUUCGAUCAGGCUCGAUUGCGACUGCUGUAACAUUCCGAAGCAAUAUUGAGCAAAAAAAAUUACAUGAAUAAAGAUCUUCGUUAUGCUGAUGGUGUAAUGUAGUGAUAUUUGUGCUGCUGCCAAGUAGACAGUAUUGGGGAUGUUUGUGUUUUUAAUAAAGGGAACUUGUUUUGUUUUCAAGAUCUAUGUGGCCGUCAAAAUUUGGAGGUUCAUGUACAUUUUAUUUAAAGCGAAUCAUGAGUGGAUAUUUCUAAUAUGAUUUAUUAUUUAAUACCUUCAGAUGUUCGUAUCUAGGUCUGAAAGCCCCUCAACCUGCUGUUUACAUUAAAGAUUUAAGGAAACUGA